CACAAUAUGUAUAAUAUGUGUAUAAUUAUGCUUUUUCCCAACAAAUCAAAUAAGUAUCUAAAAAUGUAUUAUUCUCCAUUUGGGAUGAUUAGUUGGGUCUUUCUGCUGCUGCUACCCAUCACCAUUGCUGUAGCGAAAAAGCUUCCUCAUGCAACUUCUGUUACUACCGAGAGGAUUUCUGGAAGCGCUGGUGAUGUCCUGGAAGAUGAUCCAGUUGGAAGACUGAAAGUUUACAUAUAUGAAUUACCAAGCAAAUAUAACAAAAAGCUGCUGCAAAAAGAUCCAAGAUGCCUCACUCAUAUGUUUGCUGCAGAAAUCUUCAUGCAUCGAUUCCUUUUAUCAAGUGCUGUUAGAACUCUUAAUCCUGAAGAAGCUGAUUGGUUUUAUACACCUGUGUACGCUACUUGUGACCUAACACCUAAUGGGUUGCCUUUGCCCUUCAAAUCGCCACGGAUUAUGAGGAGUGCAAUACAACUCAUCUCCACAAACUGGCCUUACUGGAAUCAAACUGAAGGAGCUGAUCACUUCUUUCUUGUUCCUCAUGAUUUUGGAGCUUGCUUUCACUAUCAAGAAGAGAAAGCUAUUGAACGAGGCAUUCUUCCAUUGCUUCAGCGUGCUACGUUAGUCCAAACUUUUGGACAGCGGAAUCAUGUUUGUUUGAAUGAUGGCUCAAUCACAAUUCCGCCAUAUGCACCACCUCAAAAGAUGCAGGCUCACUUGAUUCCCCUGGAUACCCCAAGGUCCAUCUUUGUCUAUUUUCGUGGCUUGUUUUAUGAUGUCAACAAUGAUCCUGAAGGUGGUUAUUACGCCAGAGGUGCAAGGGCAUCAAUAUGGGAAAAUUUCAAGAACAAUCCACUUUUUGACAUAUCGACUGACCACCCAACUACAUAUUAUGAGGACAUGCAACGAUCCAUUUUCUGCUUGUGCCCUUUGGGCUGGGCUCCAUGGAGUCCUAGAUUGGUAGAAAGCGUAGUAUUUGGUUGCAUACCUGUUAUCAUAGCAGAUGACAUUGUGUUACCUUUUGCGGAUGCUAUCCCUUGGGAAGAUAUUGGUGUGUUUGUAGCAGAAAAAGAUGUACCCUACUUAGAUACUAUUCUCACUUCUAUACCACCAGAUGUAGUCCUAAGGAAGCAAAGGUUUCUAGCCAAUCCAUCAAUGAAGAAGGCAAUGUUGUUCCCACAACCAGCUGAACCUAGAGAUGCAUUUCAUCAAAUCUUAAACGGACUUGCUCGGAAACUGCCUCAUGACAAGACUACUUUUCUGAAGCCAGGAGAAAAGAGACUCAACUGGACAGCAGGUCCAGCUGGAGAUUUGAAACCUUGGUAAGGCCAAUAAGCAUGCAUAUUACCCUUCCAAUUAGAGAUAGGAAUCUGUUCUUUAUGUAAUUUGCAGCUGUAUAACUUGAAAUUUUGAGCAUUCAGAUCCAAUGUCUAUUAAUCCUCCAAGUUGAUUGAUUACA